AUGUCCUUUCGCUCCACCUUUGCUUUCAAAAGCCUAUUAAGGCAUGGAAAUAUAACAACAGUAUGCUACCAAAGGCAUAUGACAAGAACUAUUAUGAAUUAUAGACAACCAGCAAUACGCAAUCUCAACCAACCACGAUUCUUUUCUUCAGCAAGCAAGGACAAACAGAAUAUCUCAGAAAUAUCAAACAUGGUGUCGUCUCCUGAACUACUCCAGGCAGCGAAAUCAGAACCAAAAGGAUCCAAGCUGAAAGAGCUCUCAAAAAAAUAUGGAGCAGUAGGCAUUCUCGUUUAUCUCGGUGUUGGAUUUGUCGACUUGGGAAUAACCCUUGGUAUCAUUCAGUUUGCAGGUUUAGAAAAGGUGAAAUCAUUGGAAGAAGCAACAUUAGAUAUUGCUCGAAAUGCUGGUGAACGUAUUGGAGUGUAUAAACGAAAAGUGAUUGAUCAUCCAGAGACUACAGAAAAUGACAAGGAUGAAGCUCCAUCUUUUGCUUCUGUCUUCAUCUUGGCGUAUGGCAUUCAUAAAACCAUUCUACUUCCUGUUCGACUUGGCAUUACUGCAGCAAUCACACCGGCAGUUGUUCGUAAGAUCCAUCAGUUGGGAUGGGCUCGUUAUCUUCCUCGAAUCCUAGGUGGUUCUCCAAAGAUAUAG